AUGGUUCUCGAACAAGUGAAGGCCCGGGCGAUUCGAUGGUUGGAGGACAAUCGCGGAUUGGUUAUUGUUGUCUUCUGUCUUCCCGCCAGUUUUGUAAGCUUCAGUCUACUCAAAUUGCAUAACUAUAUUUCAUUUCAGUUGUUCGACCUGUUCAUCCAAUUCCGUAUCUGGCUCGACCGCAAACUCUCCAUCACCAGCUCCCAUAGCCAACGCGUGGAAACGAUUCAAAAUCAAGUGAAACAAUGGGGACGCCUUCCGGAAAAUCUGAAGAAACCGUUGUGCACAGCACGUCACAAUUGGCUCAGUUUGUCCACAACAUUUUUUGACAAGGUAUGUGAUUUUGGUUCCGUUAUCUAUUUUCUAUGAAUCACCCAAUGAAAACAACUGUAAUCGAAGCUUAUUUGAAUAGACAUAGCCGUAAGAACCGUAGAUAUUGAACAAAAUUAGAUAUGUUAGUCGGAAAACUGGCAUUUUAGUUGACAAGAUCACGCUAGUAGGUCAAUGAUGAAGAAAAACACCACAGUAACCUUUUGUUCAGAAAAAAUGCCACCAAGUUCCAAUUGAUCUUCACGAUGUCCUGGCUCUAGACGAAGAGAAUUUGACGGUCACCGUCGAGCCGAACGUUACAGUCCGUGAAAUCUGCAAGUACCUCAUUCCCAAGUAAGUCGAUUUCUUUUCACUUAUGGUUCGUUUGAUUUUUGAUUCUGGCUUCUAAAUUCCAGUGGAAGUACACUUUGAAGUGGCACCAUUUAUUGUGAUAUCAGACUCAAACAAACUGAUAACAAUAAUAGCUGAAUCUUAUGAUAUUUGAUGGAAAAUGUAUAUUAUCAUAUCAUAUUGGUCAUAAAACACGGAAAAAAAUUAACGGCUCUAAUUGAUAAGCGACCAGAAUACAAGAAACAUUUUGCAGAGGAUACACUCUGGCAGUGACCCUGGAGAUUGGGGACGCGACACUUGGAGGAUUGGCCUUUGGAGUCGGGAUGACAACUUACUCACACAAAGUUGGACUGUAUCAGGAAGGAAUUGUGGAGUACGAGGUUGUCACAGCUGAUGGGGACGUGAUCAAAGUCACCAACUCCAAUGAGCAUUCGAAGCUCUUCUACUGCCUGCCAUGGUCCCAUGGAACCCUUGGAUUUCUGGUUGGACUUACUUUGAAGAUUGUGAAAGUCAAACCUUACGUGCACAUGCAAUAUAUCCCGGUAUUUGUAAGAAACAUUUUGCGUAAAUGAGCAUGUUUUCAGUGCCACUCACAAGAAGAGUAUUGUAGUAAGAUCAUGGAACUGUCCGGAGCUACCAACAAGGACACUAAAGUUGCCGACUACUUGGAAGUAACUAUUUAUAACAAGGAAGAGGCAGUGAUAAUGGUUGGGAAUUUUGCCGAUUUGGACAGAAGCAGCAAGGCUAAAGUUAACGACGUCUGCUGGUUCUACAAGCCAUGGUUCUACAAGCAUGUCGAGACCUUUCUGAAAAAAGGAGGAGAGGAAUACAUUCCACUGGAAUCCUAUCUUCUUCGUCAUAAUCGUGCUAUUUUCUGGGUACUGGAGAGUAUGAUCCCAUUCGGAAACAAUCCAUUCUUUCGCGCUUCACUCGGAUGGCUCUGUCCGCCCAAGCCAGCGUUUCUGAAGUUCACGACAACCCAAGCCGUUAGAGAAAUGACUUUCGCCAAGCAGGUUUUCCAAGACAUUGUCAUGCCUCUGGACACCCUUAAAGAUCAAGUGAACACUGCUAUCAAACUGUUUGACACCUUUCCACUUCUGGUCUAUCCGUGCCGUGUCUAUGAUCAUAAGAAUGGUGCUCCACAAGGACAGUUAAGGUGGGUUUUGAGCCAAACCUUUCAUUAUACAUAGUGACAAUCAAAAAGUAGACUAUUACAGAGCCCCACCACAAUCUCGUCUCGUACCUGGAACCAACUACUCCAUGUUCAACGAUCUCGGAGUCUACGGAACCCCUGGACCUGUAGAGCGUCGUGAGCCGUACAACCCGACCUACGCCAUGCGAGCCAUGGAAAAGUCAGUUUUCAAUAUUUUUUAGUUGAAAUGUUUUCUACUUUUGUAGAUUCACCCGCGACGUCGGUGGCUACUCUUUUCUCUACGCUGACAUCUUCAUGAGUGAGGACGAGUUCAAUGAGAUGUUCGACAUGACCCUUUACAACGAAGUUCGUGACACGUACCAUUGCGACGGAGCAUUCCCAAAACUUUACGAUAAAGUCAAGCCGGAGAUUGACGUCAUCGCCAUUGGAGAAACAUAUGCUGUCAAGAAAUCCGAUUAGAUUUCUGCUUCUGCAAAGUUUGAUGCAAUUAUAUGAGUUUAAUUGAAAAAAAGCUAAACGUUGUUAAUAAAGUUUUCAUUUAAAUUCGAUGCCACAAGCAACAUCUACAAAACCCCUUGGAAAUAGGUCAGCCAUUUACUCAAAAUAAGGUAUCUCAUCGAUCCUCAACCCCACUACAAUCUCCGCUCUUGAUCGCCCUUUAAGAUCACCAUACACCAGGAGCGCUACACACACAGGCAUGCAAAAUUUUGCGGAAUGAAAAGAAAUCGGAAAAGAGGUUAACCCCUUCCUCUUCUUCUUUCCUCCCUCCGUGUUCCGAGGUGGAAGAGGAGAGAAAGAUCGUAUCCAAAAGUAAGAUCAUAUCUGCGAAAGACACCAUUGGCCCGACGGCGAGGAGGCAUGCGGCCGCUUCGAGUCCUCGUCAGGUACUGUGUGCAGCUAGUGUUGCACAACAAUAUUCUACUCAUUUCACCAAUCAAGCUAUUUAUUCUCCUCUUUUCAUGGGUCAUCCCGUAUCUUAUUGUGAGUUAUUAGAAUGAUGUUAGGUGAAGUAUUUGAAUUUGGGAAAAAGAUCAGAUAAUAUCUGUUAUGUAGCGCUUAUUCAAAAUUCUAUUCUGGAGAAGUUAAAUAAAACACGUUCAUGUUUUGCAGUUUGCCAAUUAUCUUGAGUCAUGUCUCCUACCUCUUCGGGUGCUGUGCUAUACUCAAAGUGAUCUGCUUUCUACAGAACCGAGAGCUUCGGAUUUUCAGACGUGUAAGUCAUCCUUUCACAACACUUUUUGACAAAUUGUUAACCUGAAGCCAAAAUUCGUAUAAUGUCCAGGCGUCAACAAGUUCUUUCCAAACCGCCAACCUGAUCCAGAAAACUGCAAACUCGAUAAAAUUCCUGAUGUUCUCAUCCGACCUGACCUUCCACACGCCCCAAGACGAAUCUUAGUUAUUAGAUCCGGCCCAGGUUCUUUGGAUUACAGAAAUUUCAUCAGAAGAACAUGGAAAUCACAGGUUAAUUGUAGCAACUAUUAUGAUUCUAAUAAAUUCCUCGUGCGUCAGGUUGAUAAACUUAUCCCGGUCGUGUUCGUGUGUGCCACAUCGAAGAACGACACUUUAAAGAUUGAAGCGAACAAAUAUCGAGGUUUAGACACAUUCCAUAAAGAUCAUAAUAUCAUUAUUUUUGGUUUUUCAGAUAUUCUACAAUUCGACUUUGAGGACUCAUAUCAUAAUCUCUCUUGGAAAAUGAUGGCCAUUUACGGAUUUGUCAUCGAUCAACUGCCGUCGGUGGAUCAAAUUGUAGUCACAAACGAUGACACAAUUGUGAACGCCACCGCUUUAGAACAGGUUAGCACGGCACCGAAACACUGAAACAUUAACUUCCGCGGGAGAGGGGACUAAAAAAAGAAGUUGGAUUGGUCAAACCGUGAAUGGAAAGAAACAAGGGCAUCAAUCUCAACGCUUUUUUUCAAUUUUCUAUCAGAUUUUUAUAGGUGUUACACAUGCGAGACGGUCCAGUUAUGCUCGGCAAAGUGUCGCGCGGAUAUCCUCGCAUUUUUUUGCCCUGGCUGACGUGGCAUGUUCCGUCGGAAAUGUAUCCCAACUUGUGUUAUCCACUUUUUGUACAGGUACGCAGGGAGUGAAGAAAAGGGAAAAUGAGAAUACCGCUUUUGAAGGGUUCAUCGUUUGUUUUGUCGAAAGAAGGAGCAAAGUUGCUAGUGGAGAAUGUAUGCAAGGUGCCAAUGGUUCAUUUGGAUGAUGUUUUUAUGGGUGAGCACUAAUAUCAAAGUUUGGGAAAUCUGUAACUCUGCUACAAUCGAAUCACUUGGAGAUCUUUAUUUUAUAGAACGAAACUUUUUUCUAGAUCGGCUGAACCUAUUAGUAUCAAUCUAUUCCACCUAUUUUUAAGCGUUUCACAUCUUUUCGCUCGUUUUACAGUACAAAUCGUCCAAGUUCAAAUUACUCCUUCAGGUGUUCUUUCAAACUGCGCCGGACUUGGUCUCAUUCACAACGAAGGGUUCGACAAGCACAUUUUCGACGAUUUCGUCGUUUAUCAUUAUCAAUAUUCACGGCACUCCGCUGAAUACUUGGAAUCUCUUUGGCAAACCUCGGCAAUCAAGCAAAUCACUUAG